UGGCGCCUGAUGCGACCCGGAACGUUUUGUGUUUCUUUUUUUUUGUUUGGCUAACUGUGUUUCUCGUUGUCUCGCUUUGAUAACUUAGAUUAUUAAUUACAAACAAAACAAACAAAACAAACAAACAUGGCGUCCACCGCGGCGGGAAAACAGCGGAUACCGAAAGUGGCGAAGGUGAAGAACAAAGCUCCCGCAGAGGUUCAGAUCACAGCCGAGCAGCUGCUGAGAGAAGCCAAAGAGAGGGAGCUCGAACUUCUGCCGCCGCCGCCCAAACAGAAGAUCACCGAUGAGGAGGAGCUGAACGAUUACAAACUCAAGAAGAGGAAGGGGUUUGAAGACAACAUCAGAAAGAAUCGAACUGUCAUCAGUAACUGGAUCAAAUACGCACAAUGGGAGGAAAGCCUGAAAGGAGAUCCAGAGGGCUCGUUCCAUAUACGAGCGAGCGCUGGACGUCGAUCACCGCAACAUCACGCUGUGGCUGAAGUACGCCGAGAUGGAGAUGAAGAGCCGGCAGGUGAACCACUCCCGCAACAUCUGGGACAGAGCCAUCACCAUCCUCCCACGAGUCAACCAGUUCUGGUACAAGUACACCUACAUGGAGGAGAUGCUGGGGAACGUCGCCGGCUGCAGGCAGGUGUUCGAGCGCUGGAUGGAGUGGGAGCCCGAUGAGCAGGCCUGGCACUCCUACAUCAACUUUGAGCUGCGCUACAAAGAAGUGGACAAAGGCCGCACCAUUUAUGAGCGAUUCGUCCUCGUUCACCCCGAAGUGAAGAACUGGAUCAAGUACGCUCGUUUCGAGGAGAAGCAUGGCUACAUCGCUCACAGCAGGAAGGUGUACGAGAGGUCGGUGGAGUUCUUCGGAGAGGACCACGUCAACGAAAACCUCUUCGUGGCCUUCGCCAAGUUUGAGGAGGUGCAGAAAGAGUUUGAACGUGUUCGGGUGAUCUACAAGUACGCUUUGGACAGGAUCCCUAAACACCAGGCACAGGAGCUCUUCAAGUUCUACACCAUGUUCGAGAAGAAGUUCGGAGACCGGAGAGGAAUCGAGGACGUCAUCGUCAGCAAACGGAGGUUCCAGUACGAGGAGGAAGUCAAGGCGAACCCUCACAACUACGACGCGUGGUUCGAUUACCUCCGUCUGGUGGAGAACGACGCCGACCCCGACACGGUCCGAGAGGUUUACGAGAGAGCCAUCGCCAACAUCCCCCCCAUCCAGGAGAAGAGACACUGGAAGAGAUACAUCUACCUGUGGAUCAACUACGCUCUGUACGAGGAGCUGGAGGUCAAGGAUCCAGAGAGAACGAGGCAGGUGUACCAGGCCUCUCUGGACCUCAUCCCACAUAAAAAGUUCACAUUCGCUAAGAUCUGGCUGCUCUACGCUCAGUUUGAGAUCCGGCAGAAGAACCUGCAGGGGGCCAGAAAGGUCAUGGGUACAGCGAUCGGGAAAUGCCCGAAGAACAAGCUGCUGAAGGGCUACAUCGAGCUGGAGCUGCAGCUGAGAGAGUUCGACCGCUGCAGGAAGCUCUACGAGAAAUACCUGGAGUUCAGCCCGGAGAACUGCACCACCUGGAUCAAGUUCUCUGAGCUGGAGACCAUCCUGGGGGACGUGGAGAGGGCCCGCGCCAUCUUUGAGCUCGCCAUCGGACAGCCGCGACUCGACAUGCCAGAGGUGCUGUGGAAGUCCUACAUCGACUUUGAGAUCGAGCAGGAGGACUUUGAAAACACCAGGAACCUUUACAAGAGGCUGCUGCAGAGAACCCAGCAUGUCAAGGUCUGGAUCAGCUACGCCAAGUUCGAGCUGUCCAUCGACAGCCCCGACCGGCUGCAGAAGUGCCGGCAGAUCUUCGAGGAGGCCAACAAGGGCAUGAGGAGCUGUGAGGAGAAGGAGGAGCGCCUGAUGCUGCUGGAGUCCUGGAGGGACUUUGAGAGGGAGUUUGGCUCUGAGAGCUCCAUGGAGAGAGUGAGGAAGCUGCUGCCAGACAAAGUGAAGAAGAGGAGGAAGCUGACGGCCGAGGACGGGUCGGACGCCGGCUGGGAGGAGUACUACGACUACAUCUUCCCAGAGGACGCCGCCAACCAGCCCAACCUCAAACUGCUGGCCAUGGCCAAGAUGUGGAAGAGGAAGCAGAUGGUGGAGGACGACGACGACGACAACGAGAAGGAUGAAGACGGCAACGAGAGAGACAACGGCAACUAUAAUGGCAAUGACGACGACGGCAACGAGAAGGACGAUGACGGCAACGAGAAGGACGAUGACGGCAACGAGAAGGACAACGGCAACGAGAAGGACAACGGCAACGAAGACGACAAAGGUCCAGAAAAAUCUCCCGAGGCGACCAAAGAGACGUCGUCGUCCUCAGAGGAACCUGCAGCUCCUCCUGAGAAACAGCCGGAGAAAGCAUCGGACAGAAACGCUGAGAAGGAAACAGAAAAGGAGAAGAAGUACGACGAUCGAGAUGAUGAUGAAAGCAGCAGCAGCAGCAGCAGCAGUGAGAGUGACAGUAGUAGUAGUAGUGAUGAUGAUGAUGAUAAGAAGAAGAAGGAGAAAGAGAGUAAGAGCGUAGACGGAGAUAAAGAGUAGAU